GCGUCUGCGUUGCGCUCUGGAGCCGAGCCGAAGCAGAAACUCAACACAGAUGCACGUCGCGUCGUGCAGGCUUCGUUUGUGAUAAGAGGCUCGCCUCGGUGUUGGCCACGGCUCGUGCCUUGGCCAGCAGCAGCAGCGGCGGUGGCUCAAAUCAGUCAACUCGGAAACGUGGCCACGUUCGUUUAACGGCGUUCAUGUUGCGGCUCUUUUAGCCUGGCCACCAACAAUUGGCAGUAGACACAGCCAAAUGACAAGCGCCAAUUGCCAACAAAGUUUGUGUUUCGUGCUCGUCUCGAAUCGUGUGUGCGGCCAAAUUCCGAUUAUAUAUCAAAAUCAAAUAACACAGAGUUAAACAAAUAAUAAACAAUAAACCUGACAAAAGCCUAUAAACAAUUUAAGGCCAAAAAUCCCGCAAUGCAAUUUAACCGAAUUGUUGAAAGGGUUAAAACGAAAUUCAUUUCAAUUCGCACUCGCAUUCGCGUUCACGCGCUGUCAAGUGACUAAAACAAUAAACGUCAUAAAAAAAAACACGAAAAUUCAACGCUAAAAUAACAGCAACAACAACAACAACAGCAACAACAUCAGCAAUUGCUAAUAUCAAAGCACCGACAACAACAACAAUCAGCAAAACAUCAACAAGAGCUGUAAUAAUAAACGUGAGCACCAGAGAGACCGAGACAGAGAAAGAGAGAGAGAGAGAGAGAGAGAGCGAGGGAGAAAGAGAGAGAGACACUAAGGGGAAGGAAGAGCAAGUGUAACGAUUGGCAACAAUUUUACGAGUCGCCAGCUACUUUUUACAACGAAUUUUCAUUAUUGCACAAGUCAACAUUAGCUGAGCAGUCCAUAUUAGCAGUUCUGGUUGCAUUCCCACUGUCCUAGUAUGCGAUGGCAGCAGCGACAGCGACGCUGGAGGAGAAUCAUGCACGGCCCCGCGAUAUAGCCAGCGAUAACAGCGCCCAACAGCGAACGCUGGCCACCAAGGUGCGGCGAAAAGCAUGGGACAGGCGGCCACUGCGGCGACUGCAUCCGCCCAUACCGCUUGGCCAGCUGCUCUGGCUGCUGUGCUGCCUCAGCCAGCUGCGGGCCGAGUGCCCGUCGGUGUGCGAGUGCAAGUGGAAGAGCGGCAAGGAGUCCGUCUUGUGCCUUAACGCCAACCUAACACAUAUCCCCGAGCCGCUCGACGCGGGCACCCAGCUGCUGGACCUAAGCGGCAACGAUAUACAGACCAUACCCGACGACAGCUUCGCCGCGGCGCAGCUGCUCAACCUGCAGAAGGUCUAUCUGGCCCGGUGCCGGCUGCGGCUGAUCGAGCGACAUGCGUUCCGCAAGCUGAUCAAUCUCGUCGAGCUGGACCUGAGCCACAAUCAGCUGACGGCAAUACCCUCGCUGGCGCUCUACCACGUCUCGGAGCUGCGAGAGCUGCGGCUCACGGGCAAUCCCAUAACGCGCGUGCCGGACGACGCGUUCGGCCAUGUGCCGCAGCUGGUGCGGCUCGAGCUGAGCGACUGCCGCCUGUCCAGCGUGGCGGUGCGCGCCUUCGCCGGCCUCGAGAGCAGCCUCGAGUGGCUCAAGCUGGACGGCAACCGGCUCCGCGAAGUCCGAUCGGGCACCAUAACAUCGCUGGCCUCGCUGCACGGCCUGGAGCUGGCGCGCAACGAGUGGAACUGCAGCUGCUCGCUGCGGCCCCUGCGCACCUGGAUGCUCCAGCAGAAUAUACCCAGCGGCAUACCGCCCACAUGUGAUGCGCCACCGCGCCUGGCCGGCCGCGCCUGGGACAAGCUGGACGUGGACGACUUCGCCUGCGUGCCGCAGAUCGUGGCCACCGACACCACCGCGCACGGCGUCGAGGGGCGCAACGUGACGAUGAGCUGCUACGUGGAGGGCGUGCCCCAGCCGGCGGUGCGCUGGCUGCUCAAGAAUCGGCUGAUUGCCAACCUGAGUGCGGCGGGCGCCGGCGAGGAUGCCGAGGAGCCGCGCACGGCGGCCGCCACCCAGGGGCGCAAGACCUACGUGGUGAACAUGCUGCGGAAUGCCUCCAAUCUGACAAUACUCACCGCAGACAUGCAGGAUGCGGGCAUCUACACCUGCGCCGCCGAGAACAAGGCCGGCAAGGUGGAGGCGAGCGUCACGCUGGCCGUCUCCCGCCGGCCGCCCGAGGCGCCGCUCGGCGUGCGCGUCGUGCUGCUGGGCGUGCUGGCGGCGCUCUUCUUUGUGGUCGGCUCCUCGUUUGCGGCCAUUUGCUUCUGUUCGCUGCGGCGUCGCCGCAAGCUGCGCCUCUGGAACUCGGUGCCGCCGGUGCGGCGCAGCGAGAGCUACGAGAAGAUUGAGAUGUCCGCGCGGGUGCGACCGGAUCUGGGCGGCGGCGCCAGCUGUGGCGGCGGCAGCGCCACCGGCGCGGGUCUCUUUCAGGACGCCGAGGAGCAGAGCUAUCUGCGGGCAGCGCACACGCCACUCAACGACCACGAUGCGGGGCAGUCGGCCAUUGUGAAUCCCAGCGCAGGCACUGCCACGCGACGCAACGGCGACUACCUGCAUGUCUCCACGCACUGCGACGACGACGACGAGGAGCAGCAGCAGCAGCAGCAGCAGCAGACAUCGCAGCAGUCAUCACAGCAGCAGCAGGCGCAGUCCAAGUCGGGCACGAGAAAAUCCUCCACAUCCGCUGCGAAUAAUGCAGCAGCGGCCAUCGAGGAAACGGAUCUGCACAUACCGCGCCUGAUUGACAUCGGCGGCACCGACUCCGCUUCAAGCUCAAUAUCCAGCCAGGUGGAUGCAGCUGCUCGCCUCGCUGGCUAUGGUGGUCACGCAGCCACCUGGAAGACGACGCCCAUAGCAACCACAAAGAUCACAUCGCCGCACAGCAAGCCGGUCGCAACGAGUCAAGCAACGAGCGCCGCCUCCACAGCGACGCCCUUCACCCACUUUGGCAGCCAUGCGACAGACGAAAUGGCCACGUCGGUGUUCUGCAGCAGCAAUGGCGAUGGCCAGGAGAGCGAUCUGUUCGACAGCAACUACCCCGAUCUGCUGGACAUAGCCAAGUACGCCGUGGCACAGGCGGCGCAGACGGGCCACGCCUACCCGCCGGCGGGAGCGGGCACAGCGAACGGCGGGCUCUGCACGCUGCCGCGCAAGCUGAAGCACAGCGGCAAGUAUUUCCGCAAUUCCUCGGACAGCCAGUCGCCGCUGCUGGCGGACAACUCGAGCAAGUACGGCAGCAGCACGCUGGGCGACGGCAGCUUCCUGAACGAGGCCAUGGGCCUGGGCAGGCGCUACUCGGCCGAGUCGAGCUAUGCGAACUACGCCAGCACCACGACCUACACGGGCGGCGGCCAGCGCGCCAACAGCUUCUUGAAUCUGGUGCAGAGCGGCGCCCACAAGGGCGGCCUGCACGGCCACCUACUGGGCCAGAAGCCCAGCCUGCCCUCCUCGCCGGUGCAGCACCAGCGCUCGUUGAGCAGCGCGGCGACUCCGCUGCUCGACUUCUCGGCGCUGGCGACGCGCGCUGCCGGGGCAGCCAACUCCUCGGCGGCCGCCUACGACUACCAUGCGGCGCAGCUGGAGCGCUUUCUGGAGGAGUACCGCAACCUGCAGGACCAGCUGUGCAAGAUGAAGGAGACCUGCGACACCAUACGCAAGAAGGAGACGCCUCUGCGCGUCGCCAUCGGCCAGUCGGCGGCCCAGCUGGCCGACCCUGUGAUGUAUAAUGCAGCGACUGCCGCGCACAGCCCCAAGCCGCCAACGUCGACGCUCAAGGCGAAGACGCUGCUGCCCGGCCAGCCGCCCGAUCCGCCGCCCUAUUGGCUGCACCGCAACGCCAUGCUGAAGCGACUCAAUGCGGAUGCCAAUGGCGCGGGCAGCGGCUCGCCAGGCGCCGCCUCGCCACAGCCCGGCCAGGACAUCUUCAAGAGCUAAUCGAACUUGUGUACAGUCGAUGAAUAAGCCCAAAAACCGGUAACUUCUUCGGUGCGCCGAAGUCUACAUAACCUUGCAGCGGUU